UGAACAAGGCUCGCACAGUGUCCGCGGGCGCGCUGGCAGCAGCGCUGCCGCUGAGCCAGAUGCACCUCCGAGGGGAACGCUGCGGGCGAGCAGCUGCUCCGGGUUGUUGGGAAACCGAGCGGCCGGGACUGUAACACCCCAGGAUUUAUUUCCUUGCAGGCUGCUGGUGCUCGGGAGGGAGGCUGACAGUGCUGGGGGUGCUUGGCUCGCUGCCCUCGAUAGGAAGGAGGUGUCCUCAGCCCUGGGUCUGCAGCCUCUUCGAGGCCACCUGCAGAGCUGCUGGGGAAGCAUGGACCAGAGAAAGCCGGUGCCAGGCACCCAGAGAAGGGGACCGAGGGCCAGCUGCCAGCCGUGGUGGAUGGUGACCAUCGCCGCUGGCGUGGUGGGCAGCGUGACAGCCCUCUGCCUGGGGAUCCUGCUGGCCUGGCACCCUGCGGUGGAGACCAGCUUUGAGCACACAGUGGAGCUGCGAGGGAUCGUGUUCAACAGCAGCUUGCAGGCAGAGAACUCGGACUACUACAGGGUGCUGACGCCUGCUCUCGAGAGGCUGUUUCUGUCCAGUUUCCAGGACUCCCAGCUGGACUGGAGCUGCACCGGUUGCACCAUCCUGGGCUACAGGAAUGGAAACUCGAGCGUGAUCGUCCAUUUCCGCCUCCACUUCAUCCCUCAGGAUUCCCACCCGCUGAGCUCCACCAUGGAGGAGGAGGCUCUCAGGCAUGGGCUGGUGGCUGCCCUGCCCAAGCAAGGGCUUUCCCUGGCUGCCUAUGGGACUAUAUCCUCAGCUUCCCUUACAGGUCCCGGUGAGGUUUCUCCCCACAGAGCUGGGCUGAGAUCAGACUGUGGCAGCCGCCCUGCCAUGCAGACCGCCAGCAGGAUAGUCGGAGGCUCGGAGGCAUCCAGAGGGGAGUUCCCGUGGCAAGUCAGCCUGCGCGAGAACAACGAGCACUUCUGCGGUGCCGCCAUCCUCACCGAGAAGUGGCUGGUGUCUGCCGCUCACUGCUUUGCUGAGUUCCAGGACCCAGCCAUGUGGGCAGCUUACACGGGGACCACCUCCCUGCGAGGUUCAGACAGCAGCGCAGUGAAGAUGGGCAUCGCCCGCAUCAUCCCCCACCCCUCCUACAACACUGACACGGCCGACUACGACGUGGCCGUGCUGGAGCUGAAGACACCCGUGACCUUCACGAAGUACAUCCAGCCCGUGUGCCUGCCAGACGCUCGGCAUCACUUCCCCACCAGCAAGAAGUGCCUCAUCUCUGGCUGGGGCUACCUCAAGGAGGACUUCUUGGUGAAACCUGAGUUCCUGCAGAAAGCAACGGUGGAGCUGCUGGACCAGACGCUGUGCUCCAGCCUCUACAGCCACGUCCUCACGGACAGGAUGAUGUGUGCUGGCUACCUGGAGGGGAAGGUUGACUCCUGCCAGGGUGACUCUGGUGGCCCCCUGGUUUGCCAAGAACCAUCUGGCAAGUUCUUCCUGGCGGGAAUCGUGAGUUGGGGAAUUGGAUGUGCUGAAGCCAGGCGGCCUGGGGUUUACACACGCGUUACCAAACUCAGGGACUGGAUCCUGGAUGCUAUUUCUGCCUUCCCUGCCGCAGCCCACACUGCCCUUCAGGUCCCCUCCAGUACUAACAGUAAUGCGCCCGGCUCCAAAGAGCUCGAGACCACCACCACCACCGGUGCAAUCCCCACCACUCCAGCAGCCCCAGCUGCCACCAGGGCGGUGACGGCAGCGAGACCACCAGAGUGUGGAGGACGACCUGGGUUCUCUAAACCCAGCAAGAUCGUGGGAGGAACAGAUGCUUCCAGAGGAGAGAUCCCCUGGCAAGUCAGCCUGAAGGAAGACUCGAGGCAUUUCUGUGGAGCCACCAUCAUUGGGGACCGCUGGCUGCUGUCGGCAGCUCACUGCUUCAACGAGACAAAUCCGGAGGAGAUCGAAGCCUACAUGGGAACAACGUCACUAAAUGGAACCGAUGGGAAUGCAGUGAAGGUCAAUGUCACAAGGGUGAUCGAGCAUCCCUUCUUCGACCCUGUUUUUCUGGAUUUCGAUGUGGCGGUACUAGAGCUGGCAAGACCUCUUGUCUUCAACAAGUACAUCCAGCCCAUCUGUCUUCCACUUGCUGCGCAGAAGUUUCCCAUUGGCAAGAAAUGCCUCAUUUCUGGAUGGGGUGACCUCCAGGAAGGGAAUGCCACCAAGCCCGAGAUCCUGCAGAAAGCCUCGGUGGGCAUCAUAGACCAGGAGACCUGCAACUUCCUCUAUAACUUCUCCCUCACCGACCGAAUGAUCUGCGCUGGCUUCCUGGAGGGGAGGACAGACUCUUGCCAGGGGGAUUCAGGUGGACCCUUGGCCUGUGAGGUGACCCCAGGAGUGUUUUAUCUGGCUGGCAUUGUGAGCUGGGGAAUUGGCUGUGCCCAGGCUAUGAAGCCUGGUGUGUACUCCAGAAUCACCAAACUCAAAGACUGGAUCCUGGACACCAUCUCGCAGCUGCCCAGUCCCGGCACAGGCACCCCUUCCAGUUCAGCCAUCGCUCAAACUCCUACUGCAGCCGUCCCCAUCCAGCAGCCCAGCCCAGCAGCUCCAAGUCCAAUCGACAGAACCACCCUGGGCUCGAAGACAACCACAACCAUGAAAGAAACCUCCAUAGCGCUGCAAACCACCGAGCCUGCCAAGCCCACCCAAACUCCAGUGGUGCCCUGUACCAGCCUCACCUUCAAGUGUUCCAGCGAGGUCUGUAUCGGGAAGGAAAACCCGGAAUGCGAUGGCAUCGUUGACUGCAGCAAUGGCUUCGAUGAGCGUAACUGCGACUGCGGCUUCACAGCUGCCCUGGCCUUCAGCAAGAUCGUGGGUGGCAGCACCGCAGCUCGAGGAGAAUGGCCCUGGCAAGUCAGCCUCUGGCUUCGGCGGAAGGAGCACAAGUGCGGGGCUGUCCUCAUCGCCGACCGGUGGCUGCUCUCUGCAGCUCACUGCUUUGAUAUUUACAGUGACCCCAAAAUGUGGGUGGCCUUUCUAGGAACGCCUUUCCUGAGUGGCAUCGAUGGCAAAAUGGAGAAAAUAUUGCGUAUCUACAAGCACCCUUUUUACAACGUCUACAGCCUGGACUACGACGUGGCUCUGCUCGAGCUGAACACGCCCGUCCAGUUCAGCAGCACCAUCAAACCUAUAUGUCUGCCGGACAGUUCACAUGUCUUCCAUGAAGGAGCCAGAUGCUUCAUCACAGGCUGGGGCUCCACAAAGGAAGGAGGCGUCAUGUCAAAGCAUCUGCAAAAAGCAGCAGUGAACAUGAUCGGAGACCAGGCCUGCAAGAAGUUCUACCCCGUGCAGAUCAGCAGCAGGAUGCUGUGCGCUGGCUUCCCGCACGGCACCGUCGACAGCUGCUCGGGUGAUGCCGGUGGGCCCCUGGCGUGUAAAGAACCCUCAGGGAAGUGGUUUGUUGCAGGAAUCACAAGCUGGGGCUAUGGCUGUGCCAGGCCAAACUUCCCUGGUGUCUACAGCAAAGUCACAGCUGUCCAGGGCUGGAUCGUGCAGAACCUCAAGCGCUGAAGCUACAUUUUGCCACUCAGACGUUUCCCCUUUCCCAGCCCACCUGCCAGUGACACCCACGCCGUACACGCCUGGACCACUACUGAGAAGGCUCACCUCCAGAUGACUUGGCUCACCUCCAGAUGACUUCACAUCCAGGCUUACACCACUUGGGAGGCUCCCAUCACUGAUGCUGCGCAGCCAAUACCAUCACAUUCAAACAGUAAAAAGGCUGCUAGGCAAACAUGGCUGGAAAGCAUUUCAUUUUCACGUAGUCAUUUUCAUUUUCACGUAGCCAUUCUGUUCUCUAGAGGGGGAACUGCACUUCAGUGUCAAUUACUCCACAUACCCAGUUACCUAACAGUUUACCUUGUGUCAGAGCACUUCGGUCCCUUCAUAGACCCCACCACACUGGGAGAUUACAUGAAAUCGGGUUCUCCCACACCCCUUUGAGUGUCCCAGCGGGUAAGGAGAUAACAUCCUUCCAGUCACUCUCCCUGCCCCAGCAAGUACCAGCAGUGAAAUAUUUUAUAAACUACAGAAGAGCUUCAAAAGAAGGGAUUGAAAAAAUGUUACUACAGGGCUCUGGGCACUUUUCAUCUCCUACACUCUCCUGUUCCAGCUCCUGUGCACAGUGCUGACUACACAGCAUCAACUGACUUUGCCAGGAGAGGUGUGUAAGCCAAGAACAAU